AUGACGCGCUCGCGCGCGCCGUUGCGCAGUGCGCACACGGCCGCGACCGAGCCGCUGAAACCCAAGAUCGUGACGGCCUAUGCCUUUGCGGCCAAGCCCCGGGAGCAGGACCAAAAAGACGAGGACGGCAAAGAGCACCCUCGCGAGCUCAUCGGUAAGAUUGACCCCGAGAGCGAGCUCGGCAAGUGGCGUGCGUCGCUCCUGGAAGGCGGCGACGCCGGCGAAGACGCGCUGAUGAUUACCAAGACCCCCGACUGCGCUACGGUCAUGAUGGGCGUCGCGGACGGUGUCGGUGGCUGGACCGAGACCGGUGUGGACCCCUCGCACUUUUCCAACGCACUCCUUUACUAUGCCACACUCUAUGCCGAAAAGCAGGCGACGUUGCCGCCACCGAGCGAGGCGCUCGCGCAUGCUUUCCAAGAGGUGAGCAGCGACGCAUCGAUCCAAGCCGGCAGCUCGACCGCGUGUCUGCUGCGCCUUGAUAUGGUGCGCGGCAAGAUCCAGAGCGCGAACCUGGGCGACUCGGGCUUUGUGCAUCUCCGUCCGGACCCCGCGAGUCCCGACGGCCGUCUGGAGGUGGUGGCGCACUCGCCGCCGCAGCUGUACGGAUUCAACACGCCAUACCAGCUUGCCAAGGUCCCUGCCGCGUUACGGCAGCCCGGCUCGCUGAGCAACAAGCCGGGCGACGCACAAGUCGCCGAAGAGGAGCUGAAGCAGGGCGACAUGGUCCUGCUGAUGACUGACGGCUUCUUGGAUAAUGUGCACUGCAAGCUCCCGCCAAAAGAGGCGCUGACGCCCGAUGCGCCGCAGCGCCCCGAGCUCCUGCAGCUGCUCGAUAUGCUGCAGGACAAGCACCGUGAGCACUGGGCCACCCGCAAGCAGCCCUCGACGCUCGCCGAGGAAAAACAAGACUUUACCAACAUCGUCGCAUCGACACUGAUGCAGUACGCACGGCUCUGCCAGUCGACCGAAGAAAAGGUGUCGCCCUUCCAGCUCGAGGCGGCCCGCUACGGCAUUCAUUACCCGGGAGGCAAAGUAGACGACAUCGCGCUCGUGUGUGCGACCGUCGUGUAA